UUUUGAUAAACCUAAUAACCCGACCUAGACCUCCGAUGCGGAACUAAGUAAAUCUACUCUUAUGAUAUUAGUGAAGAUGGUUUAAAAUGGCCGCACACGCCGACACCAGUAAACAUCUGAAACAUAAGGAGUCUGGAUGUAUAACGGAACGAGAGAAUAUUUCGCAUGCCCUUUUCGUUUUAACUGGAGUAUUUCUCAGUUAUGUCUGGUGAAGGGAACCAGGGUUGUUUAAAGAUGAAGAUCAUAGAAUAUCACAACUACAAGACGUUGCUUGGACCCUGUUUCAUAAGUUUUAGCAUUCCCUUACUUGUGCCAGGGGUGGUGUUAACCGUUGUUGGUUCCUAUGGUAACGAGAGUUCUUUCCCGACUUUUGGUGCCUGGCAUAUUAUCGGCAUAGCCAUACUUUCCUUUGCUGUGUUAUUGUUGACCUUAGGUAUAGUACUCAAAUGUUGUUAUCGGCCGGUGAUCAGUGCCGACAUUGAACAGCAUCUGUCACCGACAUCUUCCAUGAUCACCGGAAGUAAAAAUCUCGGGUACGAAAAUGAUAUAUAUAGCUCAAAUAGUACAAAAACAAAUAAAGUGAGACACCAUGACUUAGAUGGAUCUCAUCAAGUGGUCUCUACCCACGAAGCUAAAACAACGAAUAAUGUGAAAGAAACAAGCAAACACUUUUCAGCAAACGCAGCUUUUGAUGAAAAAAGAAGGAAAAUAGACAGAAAUCAACGAAAUCAGUCUCAGGAGCCAAGUUGUAGCACGGCGCCUUCCGUAAGAACUUCAAAUGAUAUAUCUAGAAAUGUCAUUCCACCUCCUUCUUAUGAAGAACUGGAAGCUAAAAGCAAACGCAAGAAAAAACCUGAGCCAAUAGAAAUUCCAGAAAGUAAUUUUAGUUCUAGUGCAACUAGAACCAUGCAGGGACAAGUUAAAGUUACAGCGAAAAUAGUAGCUGAAGCAGAGACUGUACAUACUUCCGGUUCACGUGAUCUAUCCAGUGAUGGCGGAACUGAACAAACAGAGUUUCUUCCUGAAAAGAAACGAAAGAAAAAGAAAAGACGAAAACGGCACAGUAAUUUAUCGCAGCAAUCACACCAGUCACACCAGUCUGCAGACGAUAUUGACAGUCCUUCUGCCGAAACAAGCGCAAGACAAGUACUUCCGGAACUGCGCACGCGCCCAGCGUUAAUUCAUGAAGGUUCCGAACAUCACCAUCAUAACUUACACGUUCAUUUCCAGGAAGAGAAAGAAGAUACCAUUUCAGACAGUAACACCAAAGACGAAGUCCCUCACCUAGCUGUAUACAUUGAAAAGGAAAAAGAUGAAGCUGCUCUCGGCAAUUUUAAAGCCAAGGACAAUAUAUGAAAAUGCAUCUUCAAAAUAACUAAGAAAUCAGGGACGGAAAAGCGAUUUUGUCUAUGUACAGGUCAGCACGGACUUGAAAAGAAAUUGAGUCAAUCUUUUGAUGGACGUUGGUGCAUAUAUUUUAUUCCAAUAUGCUUGUCUCUGUUAAAACACUCUUACGCUACAAUGACGUCGCGUUAACGUGCGAUGACGUCAAAGAUUUUGUUGCGACCCUAUAUCUUAUCUACUGUUUUAGAUUGAGGGCAUAUUAGAAUCGAAAUAAUUUAUAGCAAAAGAGUGUUUUAACACUGUUUAUACACUUGGGCGGUAGUACGUCGUACAAAUAAUUUCACUUCGGCUGAUCCCUCGUGAAAUUAUUACGCCCGACGUAUAACCGCCCAUCGUGCAUAAAUAGUUUUAGGUCUAUCUGGUAUUUGCGGCUCCUAUUUUUCGUUUGAGGUCGGUUGCACAAUGGAAAAGCAAGUUUCCAUGUAAAAAAUAAUGAAAUGAAAUAAGAAAUUCUCGCGAUUGUACUUAACAAAUAAUUUAUAGUAAAAGAGUGUUUUAACACUAUUUUAUAUCAGCUAAUUUUCACAGUUUCGCCUUUAAGAUAUAUUUAUGGGAAUUACUUUUAUAGAAUAACUCACUGCAUUUAGUUUGGUGUGUGAUAUCAAGGAUAUAGAAUGCUAUUUGUGAAUGUACGUUUUUAUUUUUUAGUUUUUUAAGUCAUUUCUGCUUCAUCUUGGACUUUUCCGAGUACAAAUACGCAGUCGAAAUUGAAUGCAAAGAUAUACUGAGUAGGGUUAGGUUAAGCUGAUAUGAGAUGUACAUUUAUAAGUAUCAGUUCUGAAAAGUGAUGUUUUAGAAAGACAUACACACUAAAAGUGUGCAGCAUUUAUUUUCGAAAUCAUACAUAUGUAUAUACGCGGAAUGACUGACGAAUUUUUCAGCCACAUUUAGGGAUAUGUCCAUAUCGCUGUCCGUAACGAUGUUUCAAUUAUUUCUCUUUAUUGUUCUUUUACAUAACAUUUUUUAAAAAUAAAUUUUUGUAUGCAUUUACAUGUGAACGUAAAUAUUUACAUAUAUUAGGCAUCUUGUUACAUAUAUGUGACAUUGAACUGUCUUGAAAUAUUUUUCAUUUACUGUACAAGACGUAUAUGUACCUACUUAAUCGCACUAUAAAUCAUUUUCUCUAGUUUCCUUGACAAUGCUCUGACUCUGGGAAGAUGCUAUUUUUGUAUUAUCUGAAGUGUCGAUCGCCGCUGGUUCGGUGACACGUGUUUUUAUUACCCUCAAUAAAACAUUCAAUGUCCGUCCAUUCUAAAAUUUGUAUCUGUAAUAUUGUUUGCUGAGCUGUGAUACUUUUUAUAUAAUAAUUGUUAUAGCUUUACCUUCAAAUCUAACAAAUAAACUAUUUAAAUUUA